AUGAACGAAAAAACCAUGGCGGUUUAUUACUCAAGUAAUGUCAAUUGUUACCAGCAAGAACCAAUCUAUCUCAACCACCAUCAUCAUCAACAACAACCUUCCUCCUCCUCCUCCGCCGCCGCCGCAUCUUUCACCGGCGGCGAGAAUGUUCGAAACGAGAUGGUUUUCAUUCCACCAACCACCGGAGGAGAAGUACAAAACCUCAACGGAGAAGUUCCCGUUUCGAGCAGCGAGUUAACUUUCCACGACGACGGUCAAGGACUAUCUCUAAGCCUCGGCACUCAAAUCUCUCUCCCUUCGUUUCACUAUCAUCAAUACCAAUUAGGUACUUUUACACCAAACCCUUCAAUAAUCUCUGUCAAAGAAACGCCGCCGUUUAGCAAAGAGAUGUUGUUGUUUGGUCAAUCUGAUCUUUCCACCGGUUAUGCGAGAGGAUACGACAAUUACCGGUUUAACGAAACAUCAGGAGCGUUUACGCUGCGUUCUCGGUAUCUUAAACCGGCUCAGAGUUUGCUUGAAGAAGUGGUUAGUGUCAAGAAAGAGCUAAACAAGAAGAAGAAAGGUGAAGACUUUAACAAUGGUUCCAAGGAUACAACGGUAUCGAGUGAUUCUAAUGGGAAGUCAAUAGAGUUAUCUACAAAGGAACGUGAAGAGCUUGAUAGCAAAAAGAACAAGCUUUUAACAAUGGUUAAUGAGGUAGAUAAAAGAUAUAACCAAUAUUACCAUCAAAUGGAAGCAUUAGCAUCAUCAUUUGAGAUAGUAGCAGGGUUUGGAUCAGCUAAGACUUACACAACAGUGGCUCUCAACAGAAUCUCUUGUCAUUUUCGCGCUCUUCGCGACACGAUUAAGGAGCAGAUUCAGAUCAUCAGAGACAAGUUGGGGGAGAAAGGAGGAGAGUUUUUAUUAGAUGAGAAUCAAGGAGGAGAGAGGAUACCAAGAUUGAGGUAUUUGGAUCAAAGGUUGAGACAGCAGAGAGCUUUGCAUCAUCAGCUUGGAAUGGUUAGACCAUCUUGGAGACCUCAGAGAGGUUUACCUGAGAACUCUGUCUCUGUGCUUCGCGCUUGGCUCUUUGAACAUUUCCUUCAUCCAUACCCAAAAGAAUCUGAGAAAAUGAUGCUUGCAAAACAAACAGGACUGUCCAAAAACCAGGUUGCUAACUGGUUCAUAAACGCGAGAGUUCGGCUAUGGAAACCAAUGAUUGAAGAGAUGUAUAAAGAAGAGUUUGGUGAUGCGUCUGAGUUACUAACCUCCAAGUCUUCUCAAGAUCCCAACAGCACCAACCAAGAACACUCCUUGUCUCAGCAGCAGCAGCAGGAGAACAAUAACAACAACAAUAGCAAUCUCACUUAUUCAUCUACAGAACCUAAACAAGACCCUACUUCAGGCAAUAAAGAUGACCCACAACAACAACAACAGACGAACCGGUCAGCUGAUUACGACACACUAAUGAACUAUCACGAGUUUGGUCUUGAUGGUUAUCGUUACAUUGGAGGAAACAACCAGCAAGAAAGCAGAUUCUCCAAUGGACAUCACUUGCACGACUUUGCUGUUUGA